AUGCGUCUGCACAUCACGCACGUGCACCCGUCACGCAUCACGGACACUAAAACUGGAUAGUCGCUUAGUUUCAAUGUGGACCCCGUGUGAUACGCACGCUCAGACGUAUUCUAUAUUUCCCGCGGAUUCGUGACUAUGAAAAAUUAUAUUGGUGGUAUACAUGCAUCGGGACAUUCGACUGUGUGAACGACAUCAGCAAAUAUAUAAGCGCCACUGGAGUAAUUAAUUCGUAAAGAUAACGAGCCGAGCGCGGAUGUGUCUACAGCGAAGUUCAGGCGGCUGAGGGCCUGCGCGCCCUAAUGGCUAUAGUACGGGUACGCGCGCUGAUGGUUAUGGCGGCGCUAGCUGCGCUGGCAUCUGCAAAUGCGGCACGCUUCGGCGACCGCCUCGCCCCGCGUGUUCCCGCUGCUUAUGCACCACGGAAUGCGCCAUCGGCACAACACUACACAGACGCGGAAUACGAAGACACCUACGACCAAGAAUACGAUGAAGAGAAUCUUUCUGUUGAAGAGGAAGUAGAACCACAACCUGAGACAGAAUUGUCUCUACGUCGCCCGGCGCGCACUGAAGCACAUAGGCUAGAAAUGAGCACAGAAUACUUCGUGAUUCCAGAGCGAACUUCUUCAUCGCUCCCUCCACCUACGCCCUCAAAAGUAGUUACACCACCACCCCCGCCAGCACAGUCUAACAACACCCUGGUGACAGCUAUGCCUACACCUACGUUAGGUUUAUUACGACUGGAAUCUUGGGCUGUACCAGUAUUAGCGCUAGCAUGUGUAACCAUUGCCACCCUGGGUGGCUUCGAAGCUUUCGUUGUAUGGGGAGCCAGCCGUAAGGCUCCAAGUCAACGCCAUUUAUUACUAGGUCAGACGUUAUUGUUUGGUUUGUUUUCAUGCGCGGCAACAGCCGCACUAUAUGCUGUAACACCUACAGUAUUUACCUGUGGAGCCGUGCGUUUUGGUACUGGAGUCGCAUACGUGAUUGUGUUUGCAUCCCUGCUCGUCAAAUGUGUAUUUUUAUUAAGUUUAAAUGGUGGGGUGUAUCUACCGGCAGCUUACCAAGGACUUCUUUUAUUUUUUGCGGUAAUGAUACAAGUGGCAAUUGGGGCACAGUGGCUUGGUGGCUCACCUCCCCGAGUAGCUUCCAGUGGCGUCCGAUGCGACGCCCCUCUAUCGGAUCUGUUAUUGUCGCUGUCCUACGCAGCAUUUCUAAUAGCAAUAGUGUGCGGCGUAGCACUGAGAUCACGGAGUAUCCGAGAUAAUUAUCGUGAAGCAACACAUAUCGCAGGAGCGGCCGGAGCAACAGCGGCCGUGUGGGUAUGCUGGGUCGCAGCAGCACUAGGUGCGCCAGAACGUCAUAGAGACGCAUGUGUAGCAGCUGGUCUAUUGGCAACCUGUGCAGUAGUUUUCGCGUUAAUGUUUGCGCCGAAAGGCCGUCGAUUAGCGGCGUUGGGUCGCGAGGGUCGAUGGGACGCGGACCGUGAAGAAGGACUUAGCUCGCUGGGAGCCGGCGGCUCUGGUUACUCUCCAUCUUUCUUUCACUUCAAGCCAGUGAAGUACGGCAUGGUAUCGGCCGCGGCACCCACGCCUGCUCCGCCGCCUGUGUUAGACCGCAAGGAACCGCCAGCUCAGCCAGCCGAUCCAUACGGAGCGAUGUUCGCGAGUUCAACGCACCUACACUCACGCCCCCUGUGCUCUCCACCGCACUACCCUAUGCACCCUUUAAUGCACUACCAAUACAAUUAUUCGCCUUAUCACUACCUAUUUCCGUCAGGCGUGAUGGUGCGACCGGAGGAGGGCAACGUGUACACGAGCGUCGAGCCCACCUUCAGCAGCAACCCAAACGUUUACUUCCAACGUACGGAGCCGUUGCACGUCGGCAUGAUGUACUGAGCCCCUGACAAACCAGCGUUCCGACGCGAACAGUGGGAUUUGGCAGCGCAGUAAUGGCGCAUUCGCUAUACAUAAACAAGCACCGAACACAACACAUGUGCGAAGUGUGCGCACCGCCUCAUACAAGGCCAUACAGCCGCAACGAUACGAGAAGUUUUCUGCUGCCGCGUAAAGUAUACAGAACUAAGAAUCUAUGAAGAUUACAUAAAACGAGUGCAACAUUUUUGCACUACUCUUUUUAUUUCUAGUCAUUUCACUUAUACAAAUUGUAACUACACUUAUUGUAUUUCAUCUUCUAUUAGUAUAACAGCACGCCAAAUACUUUAUACAGCAGCAGUAAAUGUGAAUAUGACU